CUCUCAGUGGCUAGGGAUCAUCCUAGUCUAUAAAUAAAGAACUUCUCAGCUCUCAAUAUCUCACAAAAGCAAAGAACAAGAAAGAAAAUAAAGAACAAAAAGAAAGCGCAAUCCAUUUUUAAUCAAAGAAUAAGUAGCUAUGGGUCUCUCUAAGACACGCAAGCUACUCUUAGUACUCGUGAUCACUGCUUACUUCUUUUCCGGUACUGCUCAUGCAUGGAGCUGGAGCUGGGGUUCUGGCCAAUCCGGUUCGAGCUGGGGAUGGGGUUGGGGCUCCGACGACAACUCUGGCUCGAGUUCAGGUGGUUCAAAUUCGAACUCGGGUGGUGGUUCAAGCUGGGGUUGGGGAUGGAGCUCGAAUGGAACAGAUACAAACUGGGGUUGGGGUAGCAGCUCUGGCUCAAGCGGCACCGGGUCUACACAUAAAAGCCGACACAACCACGCGGCCCCAUCAAACCACUCGAACGGUUCUGGCUCAAACCAGACACGCGGUAGUAUUGGCUCUUCACACAACAACCACACGGCUCAAGUAUCGCCUAGAAGAAAGAUUGAGGUUACUGUGUGGAAGAACGGAUUCGACUACCAAGAAUGGGCUUCAAAGCAUGAACCAUUCCACACCAACGAUGUCCUUGCUUUCAAGUACAACGAUAAAAGUGACCAAUCCAAGAAGAGGCACAACAACAAUAAGAACGAUGUCUACUUGCUUCCAGACUUGAAGAGCUACAAGAGAUGCGAUGUGAGCAGAGGCAAGAAGCUAGUCGCGAGAGGAGGCUCAUCAUCAGGGUUUAAGUUGCUUCUCCGCAAGACUCAUAAGACAUACUACUUCGCUAGUGGAGACCACAACGGCUGCAACCACAACAUGAAGUUCUCUGUCUCCCCAAUUCCUCGUUCUUAUUCUCACACUAAACCCUAAAUAUCAUCACUUCACUACUUUGUUUCGUUGUAGAAUUUCUGUUUAGUUUCCUUUUUUUUUCUUUUGUUUCUUGUGCUUCAAGUCAACGAUGGAUUGAUUUAUUACAA